CAACUUCUAAACAUGGCCGCCCCGAAUCAAAAGUGACAGUAACAAAAAUGGCGUUCACCAGUAAAGAUGUGUUACCUCUCUGGCACAAUGGACCGUCACCAGGAGCAUUCUAUCAUUUUCCAGGCAGUCAGUACGGCACAGGUGGAUUCCAAAAAUCACAAUCUCCGAUAACAACCGGUACGUCUGUUGUUGGCAUACAAUUCAAAGACGGAGUCCUUAUUGCGGCUGAUAUCCUGGGAUCUUAUGGAUCGCUGGCUCGUUACAGAAAUCUAGAGCGUAUCAUGAAAGUUAACGAUAAUAUUAUUCUUGGUGCAUCUGGAGACUACGCAGAUUUUCAAUGCAUCAAGAGUAAUUUAGAGAGGAAAAUUCUGGAAGAACAAUGUUUGGAUGAUGGAUUCAGCUUAAAACCAAAAGCUCUACAUUGCUGGCUAACACGUGUUAUGUAUAACAGGCGGUCAAGCUUUGAUCCAUUCUGGAAUAAUUUUGUAAUUGCUGGCUUGGAAAAUGGAGAACCAUUUUUGGGAACUGUAGACAAGCUUGGUACAGCUUACAACGAUCCAGUAAUCGCGACUGGAUAUGGUUCUUAUAUGGCAACACCAAUACUGAGAAAAGCCUAUGAGGAGAACAGCCAAAUGAACAAAGAAGAAGCUAUUCAACUCUUAUACAAAGUUAUGCAAGUUCUCUUUUAUAGAGAUGCCAGGUCUUUUCCAAAAUAUCACAUUGGUAUUGUCACGAAAGAAAAGGGAGUCGAGAUAGAGGGACCGCUAACUCUGGAUAGUUAUUGGGGACCUGCGAUCGUAUAAAAUUAAUGUUCUUUUAUUUCUUUAAAAUAAAUUAUAAUAAAAAAUUCAUAUACCAGGA